AUGCGGCCCAGUUCUGGGCUACGCACAGCGGAUCAUGCAGUUUCGAUGAUCGCGACUGUCAACUCGUCAACAAAUUCUUUAAUUCUCAAGAUCUUCCUCGUCGAGGUAAUUGUGCUUUUUCAUUGUUGGCAAUACAUCGCUACCGUCUGGGGCUACGGCCAGAGUGCAUUGUCCAUCCAAGUCCCCGAGGUAUCGCUUGGUUGCCUCUCACCUGGUGCAGGCUACGUUUUGCCGUCUCAUGCCCCUCCGUCGUCCACCACGACUACAACUACGGCAUCCACGUCUACCGCCUCAGUUUCAACCCAGAAGCCCACCCCCAACAACGUCGCUAUUGCUGAUGACUCUUCCAGCGGUUCUAUGACCGAAUGGAAGACUUACGGUGGUUCUUUCCACGCAUCUUCGUAUGUCUUAGGGGCAUUAGUUAUUUUCAUGAUCUGGUAA